AUGUUCCGCAUUCAAGCCCACCAACAUAUCUCUACAUUUCGUCACAUGGUAGCUUCAUACUCAAAAGUACAGAAGCCUUUAGAAGAUGUGAGACACACCAAGCUAUUCAUAAACAAUGAAUGGCAUAAUGCAGUCAGUGGGAGGACAUUUCCAACUGUGGAUCCAUCUACUGGAGAAAUAAUUGCUCAUGUGGCUGAAGCAGAUAAGACUGAUGUUGACCUAGCAGUACAAGCUGCAAAACAAGCCUUUAGACUAGGAUCUCCAUGGCGUAAUAUGGACGCAUCACAUAGAGGUCAGCUUCUAAAUCGCCUCGCAGACCUAAUAGAAAGGGAUAGGGUCUACUUGGCCUCUCUUGAAUCACUGGACAACGGUAAACCUUUUUCAGUGUCUUAUAAUUUAGAUGUUGGUGAAACGAUCAAGAUUUAUCGAUAUUUUGGAGGAUUUGCUGACAAAUGUCAUGGAAAAAACGAUUCCCAUGGAUGGAAGUUAUUUUUGCUAUACCAGACAUGAACCUGUUGGUGUAUGUGGUCAAAUUAUUCCCUGGAAUUUCCCAUUAAUAAUGCAGUGCUGGAAACUAGCACCAGCACUAGCCACUGGAAACACAGUUGUCAUGAAAGUUGCUGAGCAGACGCCUCUCUCUGCUUUAUAUGUUGCAUCUUUGAUUAAGGAAGCUGGAUUUCCACCCGGGGUGGUGAACAUAUUAACGGGUUAUGGGCCUACUGCAGGUGCAGCAAUAGCAAGACACAUGGAUGUUGAUAAAGUAGCAUUUACUGGUUCUACAAAUGUUGGCCGGCAAAUUCAGCAAGCAGCCGGUGAGUCAAACCUUAAACGAGUUACAUUGGAACUUGGUGGCAAAAGUCCUUGUAUUGUCCUGGCAGAUGCAAACUUAGAACAAGCAGUAGAACAAUGCCACGAAGCUGUGUUUUUCAACAUGGGUCAGUGCUGUGCUGCUGGUUCUAGAACCUAUGUUGAAGAAUCAAUAUACAAUAAAUUCUUAGAAAAAGCUGUUGAGAAGGCAAAAGCAAGAAAGAUUGGAAAUCCUUUUGAAUCAGAUACAGAGCACGGCCCACAAAUAAAUAAGAUCCAGUUUAAUAAAAUUCUUGACUAUAUUAAAAUUGGAAAACAAGAAGGUGCUAAACUUGUGAGUGGUGGUGAGAAAUGCGGAGAUCAAGGAUUUUUUCAUCAAGCCAACUGUUUUUUUGCUGAUGUUAAUGACAGCAUGAGGAUUGCAAAAGAAGAAAUAUUUGGCCCUGUACAAUCAAUACUUAGAUUUAAGAAAAUAGAUGAAGUCAUUGAGAGAGCAAAUAAUUCAAGGUAUGGACUAGCUGCAGGUGUAUUCACAAAAGACUUAGACAGAGCAAUGUAUUUAACACAGGCAUUACAAGCCGGUACUGUCUGGGUCAACACUUAUAAUAUUGUUGCUUCCCAGACACCAUUUGGGGGCUAUAAAGAAUCUGGAAAUGGAAGAGAGUUUAGGGGAAGAUGGCCUGAAAGCUUAUACAGAAGUAAAAAGUAUCAUAGUAAAUAUUUCCCAAAAGAACUCAUA